AAAGACAAAUAGUUUACGUAAGUUUAUAUUAUUUAAAUAUAUUUUUGUCAAAGUCAGAGGCAAUUUGGGUCUAUAUAAAAGGUACAUAUAGCAUAUAUUUGAAUCAGUAUCAGAACAUUUAAAAACAAAAGCUUAUACACAUUUUGUUUUAUAGGUGCUUGUACAUUUAUUGUUGACCUUUAUCAUAAUCUCUGUGAUUGCAUUGCAUUUGCCGUACGAUCACGAUGUGUCGAAUGUUAUGCUGUUGCUUCUGCCGCAAGAAGAAAAAGCCGCGAGAUGUGAAAAAGGGUAAAAAGGGAAAGAAAGAUGGAGGCCUUGUUGUUUCGAAGCAGACUAAGCCUAAGAAGAAGCGUCGCGAUGAUGUAGGAGCUAUAGGAAUAGACUCAUGUUGCUGUUGUGGCGGUGGUGAUGGUGGCGGAGAUGGUGGCGGAGACGGUGGUGGCGGCGGAGGAUGUGGAGGUGGUGGUGGAGGCGGUGGAUGUGGAGGUGGUGGUGGAGGCGGUUAAAAUAUGAGGUUGCUGUAGUUCAUCAACAUAUAAUGAUCAUUUCUUGUGUGUCGUAUGUUUAUUUGUUUGAAAAAAAACAUUUUAUUUAUAUAUGUAAUAUAAAAAUUAUUUUAAGGCGUGAUCUCUUGUUAGACUGGAAAUUGAAUGUAUAUAUACAUUAUGAUGCAUCA